CUGUGCUGACAGCCGCGCUGAAGAGAUCGCAAUCCCCAUCAACUCCCGAAGUACGACAGUGCAGACACACUAGAGCAAGAUGAUGAAAUUCGUUGUGGCGAUGCUGGCCCUUGGCGCUGUGGUAAGCGCCGAGUUCGUCGUGCAGACAACCGAUGACCUGCAGAACUAUCGUACGGAGUGCGUGAAGUCGCUCGGUGUGUCGGACGAGCUGGUCGAGAAGUACAAGGCGUGGAACUUCCCGGAGGACGACACGACCCAGUGCUACAUCAAGUGCGUCUUCAACAAGAUGCAGCUGUUCGACGACACCAACGGGCCGGUCGUGGACAACCUGGUGGUGCAGCUGGCCCACGGCCGGGACGCCGAGGAGGUCCGCGCCGAGAUCGUGAAGUGCGUCGGUACCAACACCGACGGCAACGUGUGCCACUGGGCGUUCAGCGGCUUCAAGUGCUUCCAGAAGAACAACCUGUCGCUCGUCAAGGCCAGCUUGAAGAAGGACUAGGAGGGUACGCACGCAGCUGAGCAGACGGAUCGGAGUGUUUGAAGGCAUGACGUGAGGAUACGAAUAAAGUGGCUUUGACAAAUGCA